AUGUCCAACCUCAUAAAACUUGAGUUCUUGCCUCUUGAUGUGUCUGGUGAAAAUUACUUAUCAUGGUGUGAUGAUAUUGAAACUCAUUUUGUGGCUUCAAAUCUUAGCAAGACUAUUACAGAUGGAAGUCAUGAAUCUCCCCAAGACCGGGCUAAGGCACUAAUCUUUCUACGCCGUCGCCUUCAUGAAGAAUUGAAAUCUGAAUAUCUUUCAGUUAAAAAUCCACUUGACUUGUGGAAGAAUUUGAAGGAAAUCACUACACGGCUGAAAUUGUGUGGUAUUACUAUUACAGAAAAUGAUAUGUUGGAAAAAACAUAUACUACUUUUCAUCCUUCGAAUAUGCUCCUGAUGCAGCAAUAUCUAGGACAAAAGUUUACUAAAUAUGCAGAAUUGAUUUCAUGUCUUCUGUUAGCAGAACAGAAUAAUGAACUUCUAUUGAAAAAUCACCAGUCACGUCCUACUGGAGCUGUUCCAUUCCCUGAAGCGAACGCAGUUAUGUACAAUGGACGUGGACGUGGACGUGGAGGUAGACGUGGACGUGGAGGUAGACGUGGACGAGGUAGAAGUCGUUGGCAUUAUCGUUAUGAUCGUGGGAAUUUUUCUAAUACCCACAAUGCGCUAAACCACCAAAAGAAAUUUGAUAAAUUUGAAUCAAAGCAAUCAAAUCCUGAAGAUUUACCAAAUAAGUCCCAGAAGGAUAAGGAAGAUAUAUGUUAUAGAUGUGGUGGUUCGGGGCACUGGUCACGUACUUGUCAUACACCUCAGCAUUUGAUUAAACUUUAUCAAGAGUCAAUCAAAGGGAAAGGCAAAAUGGUGGAAACCAAUUUUGCAGACAAGAUAGUGGAAUCCAAUUGUGCAGACUUUAAUAAUGACAUUGAGUUAAAUGAUUUAACUCAUCUUGAUAUGGCUCAUUUCUUUGAUAACGCUGAGGAGAAUGUUGACCUUCUAGUUGGGGAUGGAUCUACGCAGAUGGAUUGA